CUUAAGUAUUGGACCAAUUUUAGUUAUAUUUGUGUUAAAAUUAGAAUCGGGCCCAGUCAAAUGGCAGACCCAAAUAAAUGGACCGUCUGCCCGUCCCUUUUCAGAAAAAUAAGAGGACGCGUUGGCCUGGUCCAGGCCGCCGUCAUUGUUUUGACGAACCAGAAGAGCGGAGGGAGCGAGAGAGAAGGUCGUCGGCGUUUCAGGCGAACUUUUAGACGCAGAGAGAGGAUCGAUCGCAGACCAGAGCGAAGGGAGAGCGCGAGAGUGAGUGGUGCGAGACGAAGGGUUUCCCGUCGGGAAUCCCCUUCUCUGACCACCAUCUCCGGCGAAGGAACACAGGCACACUCGCCACGAAGCACCGCCGCAACCAGGCUCUGCACAUGCCGGAUCUCAAUCUAGUUCAUUUGCGCUCAGGUACAGCACCCCACGGUUGGCCUCUAGGCUGUUCCUAGGGAGUACACAAUUGGCUCCUAAGAAUGAACUCCGAGACGGACACCUUGACAAACGAGGUGAGUUAUAAGUUGCUCCGAUAGCAUGAUACAAUUUAAUAACAAUUGGUCUUAUUAAAUAUUCUUAUAUGUAGUAGAUGUGUUUUAUUUAGUUUACACUCUCUUUUUCUGGUUGUAUUAAGAUUCUCCUAUAUAUAUAUAUAACAUGUACUCCAUAAUUCAAUGAACAAUAUUAUUAUUCCAACAUGGUAUCAGAACCUUCGCUCUUGGUGACCUAAUAAUUUUUGCUCAUGUUGCCGUCGUCGCUGGCUGUUUAUCCGUUGAUGGCGACCUCACUCCCAUUUUUUCCUCCUUCCUUCGAUCCUAAUUUCUCCCUAUUUUCGUCUACAAUAAAUCCCCCAGUCAACCACAAUUUACUUCAUCCAGAAAGUCACAAGAAGUUGACAAAAACCUUUGCAAUUUAGAGUUUUUAUGUCAACCACUUCGCAAUCUUAACCGCGGUUUU